AUGGAGAAAAGUGUAAACUUCUUGUUGAACAAGAAAGAAAAAGAUCAUUCAUCAAAUAAAACGAAUGUAAUGAAUGAAUCGUUAAGUCAGAAAGUGACUGAAACCACUUCUGAUCUACUUAUUUCACUUGCAAAUGAACCUUCACUGGCUUAUUUUCAUAUUCAAGAACAUAUUAGAAAAUCAGUUCCAGAAAUCUUGAAAUACCAAUUGAAAGUCGAACAUUUAGAUUCCCAAUUACGUGGUUCUUGUUAUGAUCUUGACUAUGCACUUGAUAAUGUUAGAAGUAUCUCAAAGGCUACAGUACAUUUUAAUCGGAUUAAUGAGCUCUUGAAGUCGAGCUUAUUUGCUAAACUUCAGUUGGAUUAUGCACGCAUGAACGCUUUGAGUCAUAAAGAGCCACAAGAGAGAAGACCGACUCAAUGCAACCAAGACCUACACAGUGACGCUUCUUUCCGAAACAAAUGUACAGAGAUUCCUACAAACUCACGAACACUAAGCCACAUAUCCAGCACAGUGUCGACAGCAGCCGUACAAGUACGUGAUCAAGCUAUCAAUUUGACCAGAAGAGUUUUGUGGACACAAAGUGCUGAUGUGUCUCACUCUACCAUCUCACCCAUUUUAUCUGAUUCUAAAAUUGCUAAUUCCUCGAGUUCAUUUGAUGAGAAACCAAAGUUUUUGGAAACCUAG